AUGCCUUCUAGUGGGAGUGGUGGCUGCUCGGAGGUGAAGUUGUCUCAAGAACGCGCCAAGGAGUUGGCAGAAAAUGCCCGCCUGAUUGCUGCCCCUGGCAAGGGUAUCCUUGCUGCCGAUGAAAGUACUGGCACUAUUAAGAAGCGUUUUGACAAUGUUGGUGUUGAGAAUACUGAGCAGCACCGUGCGGAAUACCGUUCUAUGUUAUUUUCAACCAAGGGUCUUGGCCAAUACAUUUCGGGUUGCAUUUUGUUCGAAGAGACUUUGUUCCAGCAAUCUCCUUGCGGAAAGAGCAUGGUUCAGCUUUUACACGAGGAGGGUAUUUUACCCGGUAUCAAGGUCGACAAGGGUUUGGUUACUAUCCCCAACACUGAUGAAGAGGUGAGCACCACUGGUUUGGACGGUUUGGCUGAAAGGUGCCAGAAGUACUACAAUGCAGGUGCUCGUUUCGCCAAAUGGCGUGCUGUUUUGUCUAUUGAUGUUCAAAAGAACAAACCUUCUAACCUGUCUGUGCUUGAGACUGCUCACACUUUGGCGCGUUACGCCGCCAUUUGUCAAGAGAAUGGUUUGGUCCCUAUAGUGGAGCCAGAGAUUUUGGCUGAUGGUGAUCACUCUAUUGAGGUUUGCGCUGAAGUUACUGAGCGUGUAUUGUCUGCGGUGUUCAAGGCUCUGAGCGAUCACAAAGUGUUGCUCGAGGGUGCUCUUCUGAAGCCUAACAUGGUAACUCAGGGUGUUGACUGCAAGGAUAAGCCAUCUCCUCAAACAGUCGGUUUCCUUACCUCACGUACUCUCCGUCGUACUGUGCCACCUGCUCUUCCCGGCAUUAUGUUUUUGUCUGGUGGUCAGUCGGAGUCUAUGGCUACUCUUCACUUGAACGAGAUUAACAAGUGCAACAAGCACCCAUGGAGCCUCAGUUUCUCAUACGGCCGUGCGUUGCAAUCUUCCUGUUUGAAGACCUGGAACGGUUCUCUUGCCAAUGCCGCUGCUGCUCAGGCUGUUCUUUUGAAGUUGGCCCAGCAGAACUCUGAGGCUGCUUUGGGUUCAUUGAAGAGCGAAUUGUCUGACGAUGGCGAGUCGUUUGUUGAGAAGGCUGUCUAUAAUUUCGCCAAGAUGUCGUUGCCGCUUGACGCGUCCACUAAGGUGAUUUCGGAAGUUUCUGAUACCAGUGUGCAAAACCUGAGCAUUCAGGAGUUGAACCUAUUGAUUUUGAAACUGGAAGAGGAGAUCAACCAUAUGCAAAAUUUGGUGAACGUUCUAACGGGAGCUGUAGAACGUUUAAAUGAAUCUAAGAAUUGUCUCAAUGAAUUUACUGAGGAGCGUCAUGAGAUCCAAGUGCCAUUGACAUCUCUUGUAUACGUUCCGGGUCCGGCUAGUACCCUUGACUCCUCAGCUGAUAUUGUGUACGUCACAGAGGAAUGUUUGUUACGAAGGGUAAUUUCGGAUCCUCUGCUAUCGGAUUACGGCGUUGUGGUCCUUACAAAUGUAGAGAAACGGCUACUUAGCACGGAAGUACUUCUCGCUUUGUUGAAGCGGAUCCUAUGCAAACGAUCGCGUUUGCGGAUAGUAUUAUGUUUUGAUGGAGGCCAUGUUGAUGAGGUACUGGCUUUCUUUCGGCAACGUAGUAGGGACAGCGUUGCUUCGGUCGAUGACGUGGAUGGCGGCGAUUUGUCCAAACCAAGUUUGGGAUCCUUGAAACCACUAGAUGCGGUCUACCAUGUUCGUCUAGAGGGCCCUGAAGAAUUGUACGAGGUGCUGUAUCUCUCUGCACCGUGCCCAAACUACCUCGACACCGCUGUUUCCACAGAGCUGGAUAUGUUGCAUAAAAAUUUACUGGAAAGUGCCAAACUUUUCAGGGACCAUGGUGUUGGCGGCGUGAACGUCACUCCGUUAUACCCUACGGGCACUAAGGAAUACACCCAUAAGUACAACCCGCAUGCGUCUAGAACCAUCUACAUCUGCUGUGAUUUUAAGGAUUACCGUAGCAAACUUGAUAGCAUCACUUAUGUGGUCGAUUGCGGUUUUAGUCGUCGCAAUGUUGCGGACUACAUCAAUACUGGCUCUGUAGAGUGUAACGUACAUGCUACACGUGACGAGAUGCGUCAGAGAGCUAGCGUUAUACGUGGUGCCAUAGACAACAGCGGUGAGAUAGUGUAUCCUUGUGGUAAUAUAAUGGCUGAGUUACCGUAUACGGCUAUGAUGUCCAAUUUUCUCUAUCGCAGUACUGAGCUGGGUUGUUCUGAGGAGGCGCUUACAAUUUGUGCGAUGCUUGAAGUUCAGGACUUGGUACUGAAGCGUGGCAAUAUGAAUUCCAUGUAUCAAACUGAACGUUUAUAUUCUGCGAUGCUUGGUUUUGGGGCAAGUGAAGGUGACUUCGUUUCUUAUUUCAACGUUUACCAGCUGUCUCGUUACUACCGAGACGAGGACGCUCGUUGGCACAUGGUAAGUGGUUCUGGCAUUCGUUUGGCUGAGAAGAAGAGGGCUGAGUUGGCGGCGCUUCUCAAAAAGUACCAGCUACCAGUGGAGCACCUUGUGAAGACCAUCAUCACAUCUCGCCAGUUAGAUGUUGAGAUAAAAGUGAAGACAAAGGUGGUCGACGAGGAGGGCAACGCUAUACUUACUAACGAGUUGCAGCCAUAUUUGAUGAUUUCGAGCGCGGGAGCAACCCGACUGGGUGGUGUUCAACGAGGUAUAUGUGUUGGAUAUGUGUUCAUAUCUAUGCAGUCACUGGACAUUGAUGGCGAGCUUUACAUGAGAGAUGUGACAGCGAUUCAACCAGAUGAUAGGACCGCCUUUCCAAAAUCGCAUACAUCUACGCCUUCGGAUCAAGAUGUGAAAGGCGAGGACAAAUUUAUGUACCUGCAUAGUCGGUUUUCGCGUGAACCUACGGUAUCGCCCCUUAAAGAGGCUGACUCUGUUGGCACAACUCUGCUUGGUGUAUUCAUUGCUUUAUUCGGUAUAACAUUUGCUUGUGUACCGCUUUACGAGUUCUUUUGUCAACAGUCAGACCGUGGUGGCCGUAUGUUUGAGAUCGAUUUUGUUACCCAUUCUCACUUGAAAUGGGAUUUUAAGCCGGCUCAACGCAAUGUGGUUAUAGGUGCUGGUGAGACUACGCUUGCAUUUUACACGGCCAAGAACCUCACUGAUAAGCCAGUUAUUGGUGUGGCUGCUUACCAUGUUAUUCCCGAUGAAGCUGGUGGUUACUUCAACAAGAUUCAAUGUUUUUGCUUUGAAGAGCAGAUGUUACACCCAGGUGAGGAGGUGGAUUUGCCGGUGCUUUUCUUUUUGGACCCUGACAUCUUGAAAGACAAACGCUUAUAUGAUGUUGACAAAAUCACACUGACUUAUACGUUUUUUGAGGCGAAUUCUGAGAUACCACCGGAAUACACUACGUUAUUCAACAUUUUGAGUUUGUCCAACAAUGGUACCAUUUUGGAUAGUAUCUCUUUAAAGAAUUCGGGGUCGAAAUCAUUGUUGCCCGAGUUUUUCAACUCUUGUUUAGCCUUUUCAGUGGAAUGUUUACUGUUAUCUCUAGCAUCUUUGAAGCUGAAGUGGUAUUGUCAGAUGUGUGAGAAGCAAUGUCGUGAUGAGAAUGGGUUCAAGUGUCAUCGGUUAUCUGAGGGUCACCAGCGUAUGAUGCAAGUGUUUUGUCAGAAUGCUGGUCGUUUUAUGGAUGGUUUUUCUCGAGCUUUUGAGCAUGAGUUCAUGAAGCUUAUGCGCACCCGUUAUUGCAAGACUAAGAUUCUUGCUAACUCGGUUUAUCAGGAGUUGAUUUCUGACAAAGAGCAUGUACAUAUGAAUGCCACCGUGUGGGUUACACUUUCAGAAUUUGUGUUAUACUUGGGUCGGAGUGGUAAGUGCAAGGUGGAAGACUCUCCUCGUGGGUGGAUGAUCGAGUACAUAGACCAAGAUCAGAUUCGUCGAGACCAAGAUGCGGAAUCCCGUCGUAAGCGUGAGAUAUCACUUGAGCAACGUCACCAGCGUCUUAUCCAAAAGAUGGUUGAGGAUGCACGUAAGCGUGGCGGUUUCCAGGAACCUGAAUACACGCCACUACAAAAAGAUAGCGAUGAGAAAUUGCGUUUCGAGACAAAUCUGGUGAAACCUGAAUCUUGUGGCGAGGGUUCGAAGAAGACCAAUUUGUUUAAGGAGCUGUGCAAGAGCUCUAAGCCUGCUGCUACUUCAGGUAGUGACAGCGCUGAGAAGCCGCCAAAUGAUCCUCCUGCGAAGCGUAAAAGUGCAAUUGAGACAUUGAUGUUGAGUAGUGCAUUUAAACGGUCAGCUCCCUCCAAGGACCUAUCCACUCCGGGUGAUAUCUCAUCGGACUCUGGGAGCGUGUCUGAUGAUUUAUCAUGGCCUAUGAAGGGUAUAUACGUGAAGGUGAUUUUGUCAUCUCAUCCUUUGUACAAGCACAAGUGUCGUGUUGUAAAUACACUUAACAAUGGUACUAAGGCGGUGAUCCAUGCUGUGGAGGGUUCAAGUGCCUAUCAGGUGGAUUCUAAGCAUAUUGAGACUGUGGUUCCAUCUGUUGGUUGUAAGGUUGUUUUUGUUCGCGGUCCGCACCGCGGUACCACUGGUGUAUUGACCGAUGCUCGUGCAUCUGAACUGAAAGCUUGUGUAAACUUGGAUGGAAUCAAUUGUGACCUUUGCUGCAGCGGCACUGUUCAUGUAGAACAGCGCCACUGCUACAUUGUUGCUGAGCAUAUUUUCGCAUGCGGAUACCAAGAAGCUGUCUUCAUAUCCAUUAAAUGUCUUUUGACAUUCCGUGAAAAGGCUGUACGCUCCAUCUAUAUCACCUACAACGGUACAGUAUACGGCCCGAUAGAGUUCGCUUCAAUGUCAUUGUCUGCAACAAUGGACCCUGCCUCCGUGGAGAACGAGGUAGUGGAGGUGGAUAUUAACACAGAUGACGAAGCGGCUAAUAGUGUGGUUGAUGAGCCCGGGUGUCCUGUUUCUGCACCUGAAGUAACGGAGUCAGAUAAUCAGGUUUCUGAUCAGUUAGUUGAGGAUGUUCGUGAUAAAGAGAGUGCGCGUGAGCAAGAGUCAGCGCCUGAAGUUUCUGCUGAGGUUCCAGGUGGUCUCCCUGGUGAAGUCCCGGAUGCCCCGGAGCCUGCCACCAAAGAGCAACCUGAUGUCACUGUUGCCCAAUCUAAUCGUUCGGGAAUAUCCGACGAUGACUUUUUGAAAUUGAACCAUUUGGUUGACUUGGUUGUUUCUUUUGGUGAGAGGGUUGCUGAAUCUCGUGGCGAGGAUGAUGAUGAGGAAGAGGGUGCAGUUGAGGAGGACGAAGUUCCUUUUGAGCGUAUCGCUGACAAAGUAACGCACAGCAAUAUCGUUCAUUUGUUGAAUCUUCCGCCCGAACUAGAGAUGGAUGCUUUAGUGAGUGAUGUUGGUGUGAUGUCUGACAUCGUUUUGCACUGUUUCCGUUACAAGGCUACCGAGUUGAAGAUAAUCUUUGUAUCUGCGGCGCUUGCUACAGAGGCACGUCGCAUGUUAGAUUCUCGGAGGUUUCAUAAUCGCAUAAUUCAGGCGGUGCUUAGCAACGCUGAGGAGUUCAACCCAUUGCAACAGCCUAUAGUUGCACCUAUGGGUGCUAUAGCACCACCUGUGGUCCCACCUCCACCGAUCGCCCUGAUGAACAUGCCACAACCAUUGCGGGGUCCACCACCGUUACCUCCGUCGUUUCCGUUACCGCCACUACCCCCAGGUGUCGCUCCACCUCGGCCAUUAAUUCCGCCUACUCGGUUACCUGAUACCCAUGAGCGUGUAGUUGGUCCAACAGCCCAUGUUACCUCUCCCCCUAUGGAUUCAUCGAACAAAUCUCUGUUUGGUCGGAAUGUUUUUAAGCGCAAGGGUAAACCUCUCUAUGACAUGUUAGUGUCUUUCCCUCAGGCGUGCCAUUGGGGUCCGGAUCAGUCUGUAGAGGAGCAGCAGCGUGAGUAUGACAUUUUGAACGCUGAGUAUGGUAUAACUAACCGUUAUCUUCUUUUGGGUGGUUUGCCUGAUACGGCUACGGAGAACGUGAGCACUGCAAGGGACUGGUUAUCUAAAUACACUCAGAAGAAAGUUGAGAUUGAGGUUUGUAGUCUUGUAAAGUAUGCGUCCGAUCGCAAUUUGCCAAGUGACAAAUUUUUGCAUCUUACAUUUCAGCGAAGGUCUGACUGCACAGAUGUCUAUGGCAUGCUUGUAAAUCAACUUCCCGAGAUUAUGUGUCGUUACGCUGCGCCUCGUAAAGCGUUCGAUACAUUAUGGGUUGGCAAUGUUACAGACACUCUUUCGUACUGUCGUGAUGACCAAGAGAUGAAGGAGAUGUUUUCUCGUUUGGGUGACAUGAAGUUUUAUCGUUAUGCUCCUGACAAAGCAUGUUUUUUUGUCACAUAUGCUUCUGUUGAGGAUGCUAUAGUUGCGAGGAACCGUCUGCUCGGUGUAUCAUUUUCUACAGUGAAUACUCUUGCGCUUAACAUUGAUUUUACGCUUGACAUUCCGCCUAGGAUAUCUACUCGUUCUAGGGUUCCACCUUCUGACGGUCGAGGUUACGGUAGCAACGAUUUGUCGACAAAGCUUGGUGAACGUCUCCUAUCAGCUUUGCAGCGUCGUUCUGAUGGUGACAUGGUGAUUCGUCAGUUAUUAGACGGUCGUGAUGGUGAUCCCGUGAGCCUUUUAUCUAAGGUUCAUUCACGUCACUACCCACCACCUCGUGGCUACGAGAGUCGUUCGAGUGACUAUUCUCGUCAUGUUCGUAGUCAUCCGUCAGGUCCCCCUAGUCCGUGGUCAAAGUCACGAAAGCGUCAGUAUUCACCAGACUAUCCUCCGGAGCCAUACAAAUAUCGCAGGUCGGGCCCACCUCGUGGUGAGAUGAGCCCUGGUGACUACCCGCGCCCAUCUCCAAGGGAGCCUUCAUAUCGUCCUCGUGUGAAACAUUCACCCUCACCAGGUCCUCGUCACCACGAGGAGCAUGUUCCUGAGGCUCCUGCUGACCCGGGAGCUAGCCGUCCUAAGCCUCCACGUAUGCUCAUGUGUGACUUGCUUAAGCGUGGUAAGCCUAUUUGCAAGGUAUCUGCUUUAUUUGUACGCGGCGACAUGUCACACCGCAUCCCUCAGAGGCUUGACGUCAACCAGCGUGCGAAUCCUGAGCGUCUUGGUAACUAUUUGCAGAAAGCCCCUGAGUUGUCUUUAUGGCAAUUAGGUGCUGAUAGUAACGAGGACAGUGUGAAAUACGACGGUCUUUGUGACUAUUUGAUAUCUAAGAACCGUGUGGCGUUGGUUCAGGAGGGGCCCUAUGAGAUCUACAUUGUACCCCCUUCUGAGAACAGCCCUUUGGCUCCCAACCUCCCUGAUUCACAGUUUAUGUACGCCUUCGUGUUGCCGAAGGGUUCGUGA